CCCCGCCUUUUCCUCGAAAUGGGUAUCCCCGCUGGUCGCAUCGAAAAGGGAGCCAAGAUCUUCAAGACGAAGUGCUCCCAAUGUCACACAUACGACCAAGGCGGCGGCACCAAGCAGGGCCCCAACCUGUGGGGCCUGUUCGGCCGCCAAUCCGGCUCGGUCGAGGGUUUUGCGUACACGGCCGCCAACAAAAACUCGGGCAUCAUCUGGAGCGACCAGACCCUCUUUGAAUACCUGCUCAACCCCAAGAGGUACAUCAAGGGCACCAAGAUGGUCUUCGCGGGGCUCAAGAAGGAGCAGGACCGCGCCGAUCUCAUCGAAUUUUUGAAGACUCAUACGAGCUAAUCGCCCUAAUGACGCCUACUCGCGCGGUUUUGUUCACACCUUGCAUCGUCGUCGUCGUUCGAUUUCGUUCGUAUGCGCAUAUCCUCCCGGCUGCGCUAACCACGCCUAGCCGUGUUUAUGCUGGCGGGAGGGGGUGGUUGACCCUCGUCCGGGUUAGCGUUGCUAUUAAACACACUCACAUACAUCCCUUUCGCUUUGC